AUGGAACGCCGGCAAGACCAGGGAUCAAAGAAUCGCAAAGGCCUCGUCGUGGACACGAGCGGCCUCUUUGCUGCAGGGCCUGCUUCGUCGGAAGGGUCUUCGGCGCGCUUCACGCCCAGUCCGUAUGAUCUGCGGUACUUUCCUCGAGGCGAAAGGCCUCGCACUCCGACUCAAUACCACGACGAUGUCGCCUUCAACUCGGCCAACGGCACGGCAGCAACUCAAGUCCAUGACCUCACCCGCGGCGACUUGACGGAAUCGUUUCCCCCAUCCAACGAAUCAGCCUGGCCACAAGUCCACCUUGUUCCGCGCGACCUUGCCCGUCUCAAUCAACAGCUGGCCGAUAGCACGUAUGGCUCGUACGAGUCUCCCAUUUCUCGAAAGUACGGCCACAUCGGCAGCUCUUUUCUUCAGCACGAGCCAAGCCUGGCUACCUUGGACAAGGCAACAGACGACCUCGGCCGCGCCAUCCAGUCUCCGCCAUACGACCUGAAGCAGCGACAAGAACCACCCUUCUCGACAUCGGUGUUCACGACCAUGGAGCCAAUACACACUGCUACCACCUCAUCUCCUCUUGCCGCACCGUUCUGGCAUCAGCGCUCAACAUCUGUACCGAGAAUUGGGCCUAGCAGUCUGCCAACCGGACUGUCAAGCGCGAUGCAGAACUCUUGGGCCGCCGGAGACCCGUUUUCGUCUCCUCGGAUGAGAAAAUCUGGCGCAUCAUCUCUGGAUCCGAGCAUUGUUGAGAAUGGCGGCGAGAGCCAGUCUUACAUUGAGGACCCUGGGCAACAGGGCGCCUUCGACAUGCAGCAGCUGCGUGUAGCACUCCCCGUGCUACCUGAAUACCAGCAGGCUCAGGGACGCAACAGCAAAAGACACCACUUGUCCCACAGUUUGAGCCGAUUGAGCAAAGAGUCUUCGUUUCCAAAGGUCAGUCGCAGUGCCUCUGCCACGCACCCCGCGCCCGUGCCUGCGGUUCCCACGGCGUACCCGUCAAGGGGCAGUCGGAGCCUUUCGGUACCCGGCUUUACCCCGAUGCGGGCUUGCCUGACAGCAACCGAGGAUGAGAAUGCCCAUGGACAGUCCGUUGCGCGGUCACUUCCGAGCAGCCAGGCGUGCUGCUCGUCGAAAUUCUCCGUGCGGUACAAGGGCAUGCACACAACUAAGAAUGCCAGCAACGAUACUCUGCCCGACAGACUGAACUGUUCCAUCUGGAUCACCAAUCUUCCCCAAGACAUCACGUACGCGGAGCUGCUCGAGAGCGUCGGAUCCCGUGGCCGCAUCUUCUGCUCCUUCAUCAACAGCCCCGACGGGGUCAAGUUCCACACGGCCGCCGCCAAAGUCGUCUUUUUCAAGCCUGGCCCAGCGCAGAGGCUCCGUGACGAGGCAGCUCAUCCGGGCUUCUACGUCCGCGGCCAUCGAACGCGCAUCACCUUGAACCGUAUCAAGAGCAGCGAGGUGCCCGUGGCUGGACGUAACUGCCGCGUCCUCAUCAUCACCGGGCGAGAUGACUUUGUCAACGAGCAGACGUUGCGCGAGUGGUUCGACAGACGUAUUGUAUGGCAGGGGGACGGGGUUAUUGAGCUCAUCCAUGCGAGGGGCCGGACGGUGCUCGAGUGGCGAUUCGGCUCGUACAGAAAUCAGGCCGAGAUGGCCAAGCUCGCGCUCGAGAAGGACCGCCCGGUGGGCUUGGAACAUGUCGAGUUUGGGUUCGACCCGAAUGAAGUCGGAGCUGAUGACAUGUCGUCGUACGCAAUCGCGGCGGAGCGCAUUCAAGGCAAGUACUGA